GAACGGUUCGGGCGCGGAUGAGGGCGUAGCCCACCGCGAACCAUGGCACGAAGCUGCCAACAAAAAAGGAGCCCCAGAAAGUUCCUUAACAAUGACGAUGGUCAUCGAAAAGGGCGCAAACAACACCAGCAAAAGGGCAGUGAGGGCGGACAGCCAUGAACGCUGCGCGCGAGGCCCACAGGUAUAAAACGGAGUCUCUUUCCGCUCCCAGUCCACCACAUCUUGCACAAUAUUCGAUCGAGCAGCUCACACUACACACGAACGAUGGCACCUCCGAUUCUCCUCUCCGUCGAAGGACCGCCGAACAACUCCUGAGUGGAUAUGUGGAUCUCUGUCUGGAGCUGAAAGGCUUAUUGCAAGUUCGCAUGCUCUGGAUUGUCGAAAGCAUCAUUGCGGAAGGCGAUGUGAGGCACGGGACGCGUUUCUCUUUCGACAGAGCUAAAAACAGUUAUCACACGUAUGUAUGCUGCCGAAAACGGUCAUGUCAAGCCUUGGAUGUGGGAGUUGGAGACCCAGCGGAGGGCGAGGGGAGAGGUAUUGCGAGAUAUCCGAAACUCCAUUCCUCCUCAUUAUGUUCCGGACUGGCGGCAGGCAGUACGAUAGACCGAUUAUGGUUCCGGUUGGAUAUCUCACUCGGGACACUCAGGCCGGCCUUCGCUCCACCCCCCAGUUCAAAUCUCAACGAAAGCUCAAGAUGUUGAAGCAAACUCAUGGAAGACAAUGCAGUAGGUGUCUUGUUCCAAAAGUCCAAGAAUCGAAGCAA